GAUACCGGAUAGAAUAAAAUAACAAAAAACAACAACAUACAAGCCUAACAUUCGUUAUUCUUUACGUUUGUUAAAAUUACGUCAACCCACAUGGAUUCACAGUUAAGAUCAACAUCACAAAAUGAAGUAGAACAUCUUGACAAUGCAGUUGUCAUAGCCGAGUCCUUGGUCAACCAAGUGAAGAAAUCGGAUAUUGACAUGAUGGUACAACACCAAAAGGAAAUGUUGACUCGUUAUGAGAAGACCAAUGAGAUGUUGAUAAACUUUAACAUGUUGUCAGCUCAACGAUGUGAAACCACAAGCCAAGACUUCAAGAAACACACCCAAAUGUUGUAUGAGAUGAAGAAAGAUCUUGAUAUUGUUUUUAAAAGAAUUAGGACACUGAAGCAAAGACUAACAAAGAUGCACCCGGAAGCCUUUGCAGCUUGCAGUGAUGUGUGCAAUAUAAUUGAAGUGGAAAAUAACGAAGACACACAGUCAAAAGACGAUGUUCAGACUAGCUGAGCAUCAUGAACGGCUGAUGAAAGGCCACUACUUACGAGGGACAAUCUGUGCAAUACCAUAGAAUGUUUCUUUCUUUAUUGUGUUACAGACGUGUUCGAUGUACAGAAAUAGUCUGUUAAAUUAUUCAAGCUGUACCAUGUAUAGUUUUGUGAAAUGUGAAAUCAAACAAAAUAUUUAUUGUUAAAUGCUCGGAAAAACACUGGACUAUGGAAGUUCUUGGGAGUUAUUUAUAUAAUCUGUUUAAUGUGUAUAUAUGGAAUUACGGCAAACUGUUGCACUUUUUAGCUGUACCAUGUAUAGUUUUGUGAAAUGUGAAAUCAAACAAAAUAUUUAUUGUUACGAUGCUCUGAAAAACAGUGGACUGUGGAAGUUCAUUUUUAUAAUCUGUUUAAUGUGUAUGUAUGAAGUUAAGGCGAACUGUUGCAUUUCUAAUAUGACCACUAUAUCUGCAAACUGACACUCGUUUCAACUGUUAUUGUUGUUUUAUCUACAGUUGUUAUUUUUCAUAGUGCUGUUCUGAUUAAGUUUAUUGAGCACUGCUCUCCAGACCAAUUAAUAGAGUACUUAAAAGUUUUGUGAAUGAAUAUAACCAGCCUUGGUGGUGUCGUGGUUAAGUCAUCGUACAUAAGGCUGGUAGGUACAGGGUUCGCAGCCCGAUACCGGCUCCCACCCAGAGCGUGUUUUAAUGACUUAAUGGGUAGGUGUAAGACCACU